GGCGAAGGCGAAAGGGAGCCUUCUUCUUCCUGUUUGUCUGCGGCCUUGCACUCAGGGAGAGCGGAGGAGAGGGAGAGGGGCGGCCUAGGCCUAGGCCUGAGGCCCGAGGCUGGCGUGGGAGCAGGAGCCCCAGCAAAGGCGGACCGAGGGGGUUAUGGACCCCGCCGAGGCGGCGGUGGUGCAGGAGAAGGCCCUCAAAUUCAUGCCCAGAAUACACAUGCCUAAAGAUGGAUUCCAGCUUACAUCUUCUGGAUACCAAGCAUGGCUAAAGCAGUGCUCUAUGCCCCGGUCUCUGUGGCUGGGCUGUUCCAGCCUGGCGGACAGCAUGCCCUCGCUGCGAUGCCUCUAUAACCCAGGGACUGGCGCACUCACAGCUUUCCAGAAUCCAUCUGACAGAGAAGACUGUAAUAAUGAUGAGCCCCCAAGAAAGAUCAUUCCUGAGAAGAAUGCACUCAGGCAGACCUAUAACAGCUGUGCCAGACUCUGCUUAAACCAUGAAACAGUAUGUUUAGGCAGCACCGCUACGAAGACUGAAAACUGUGUGGCCAAAACCAGACUUGCCAAUGGCACUUCAAGCAUGAUUGUUCCAAAGCAAAGGAAGCUAUCUGCAAGCUAUGAAAAGGAAAAGGAGCUCUGCAUCAAGUAUUUUGAACAGUGGUCAGAGUCUGAUCAAGUGGAGUUUGUGGAACAUCUCAUCUCUCAGAUGUGUCACUAUCAGCAUGGACAUAUCAAUUCAUAUCUCAAGCCUAUGUUACAGAGGGACUUCAUCACAGCACUGCCAGCUCGAGGCCUGGAUCACAUUGCAGAGAAUAUCCUGUCAUACCUGGAUGCAAAAUCUUUGUGUGCUGUUGAGCUGGUGUGUAAGGAAUGGUACCGGGUGACAUCUGAUGGCAUGCUAUGGAAGAAGCUGAUUGAGAGGAUGGUCCGGACAGACUCCUUAUGGAGGGGUUUGGCAGAGCGGAGAGGAUGGGGACAAUACCUUUUUAAAAACAAGCCUCCCGAUGGGAUGGCCCCACCCAACUCCUUCUACAGAGCACUUUAUCCCAAAAUUAUACAGGAUAUAGAGACAAUAGAAUCAAACUGGAGAUGUGGAAGGCAUAGCUUACAACGAAUCCACUGUCGAAGUGAAACAAGCAAAGGAGUUUAUUGUUUACAGUAUGAUGAUCAGAAGAUAGUGAGUGGCCUCCGAGACAAUACUAUCAAGAUCUGGGACAAGAAUACACUAGAAUGCAAGAGGAUUCUGACUGGACACACAGGGUCAGUCCUUUGCCUCCAGUAUGAUGAGCGAGUGAUCAUCACUGGAUCAUCAGAUUCCACUGUCAGAGUGUGGGAUGUAAAUACGGGUGAGAUGCUGAACACACUGAUUCAUCAUUGUGAAGCGGUACUGCAUCUGCGCUUUAAUAAUGGCAUGAUGGUAACAUGCUCUAAAGACCGUUCCAUUGCUGUGUGGGAUAUGGCCUCCCCAACGGACAUCACGCUUCGAAGAGUUCUGGUUGGACAUAGGGCAGCUGUCAACGUGGUAGAUUUUGAUGACAAGUACAUUGUGUCGGCAUCAGGUGACAGAACUAUAAAGGUAUGGAACACGAGUACUUGUGAAUUUGUACGUACCCUAAAUGGCCACAAGCGGGGCAUUGCAUGUCUUCAAUACAGAGAUAGACUAGUAGUCAGUGGCUCCUCAGAUAAUACAAUCAGAUUAUGGGACAUUGAGUGUGGAGCUUGCUUGCGGGUCUUGGAGGGUCAUGAGGAGCUGGUGAGAUGCAUUCGCUUUGAUAGCAAGAGGAUAGUAAGUGGAGCCUAUGAUGGGAAAAUUAAAGUGUGGGAUUUGGUGGCGGCUCUGGAUCCUCGUGCCCCUGCCGGAACUCUGUGCCUGCGUACUCUUGUGGAGCACUCUGGCAGAGUUUUCCGGCUCCAAUUUGAUGAAUUUCAAAUCGUCAGCAGCUCGCAUGAUGACACCAUCCUUAUCUGGGACUUCCUCAAUGAUCCAGCUAACCAAGCAGAAUCUAACCGUUCCCCUUCCAGAACAUACACUUAUAUCUCUAGAUAAAUAGCACCAUACUGUACCUCACACUUACACAGGACUCAUUUAAGCCGCGAUAUUUAAACUAUCUGCCAAUGCCAGGGGGAAAAAAUUACCCACAUAACAGAUAUUACUGAAAAGAGGCUCUCAGAUAUAGUUCUGGAACCAAGUUGGCAUGCGGUUGAUCUUGAACAAGGUCAUCUCAACAAAGCUGACUGCUCAAGUGCUGCUAUAUCAGAAGAUUUCUUUUAUCUCUCCUGAAUGACUGAAGUGUUAAAUCUACCCUCUUCUCCCCCACUACAUCUCCUCUUUGGUCCUGACUGCAGGCAUCCUAUAAAUAUAUUUAACAUGUU